AUGAGGAUUGAACACUGCUCCUUUUGCGGGGCGCCGAUCUACCCGGGGCACGGUCAAAUGUUUGUGCGCAAUGACUGCAAGGUAUUCCGUUUUUGUGCCUCGAAGUGCCGCAAGAACUUUGGCAUGAAGCGCAACCCCAUGAAGCUCAAGUGGACCAAGACAUUCCGCAAGGCGAACGGCAAGGAGCUUGCGGUGGAUAGCACAAUGGACUUUGAGCAGCGCCGACACGUUCCUGUCAAAUACAACCGUGAACUGCUCCAUGACACUUUGAAGGUCAUGAAGCGUGUGGAAAAGAUCAAACAGAAGCGCCAGGAGGCGGUAUGGAACAAACGCAUGGAGAAGACUCGUCUGCAGGAGCGUCGCGACGCCGCUGUGGCCUUGAAGCACAAUAUCGACUGGAUUGAGGAUAGCGAGGUGAAGCACAAGGCGCGCGAUGACUUGGUGGCGGUUCAGCAGGAGGUAGAGGCCAAGCGGCAGCAACGGCGUGAAGCCGCCCGCAAACGUUUGCAGAAGCAGCGGGAGAUGGAACGUGCCGCGGGGUUCACAUCCUCUUCUUCCGUAAAGAAGUGGAAAUAG